AUGUAUACACAAAGUCACCCAUUUACUGAAGCUUCUUCUUCUUCUUCUUCUUCUUUUUCUUCUUCUUCUUCUUCUUCUUUUCUUCUUCUUCUUCUUCUUCUUCUUCUUCUUUUUACUAUUCUCUUUCUUUUUUUGAUAUUUUUCAUUUUUCCUAUUUAUUUCCAAUUCUUCUUUUUUCUUCGUUUUUUCCUUCUACUUCUAUUUCUUCCUUCUUUUUCUUCUAUUACUUCCUUCUACUUCCUCCUCCUCCUUUUUCUUUCUUUCUUUCUUUCUUUCUUUCUUUUUUCUUUCUCUUCUCCUUCUUCCUUCUUUUUCUUCCUUUCUUUUCUUCUUCUUUCUUCUUUUUCUUCUUCCUUCUUCGUUUUCUUCCUUUCUUUUUUCUUUCUUCUUCGUUUUCUUCCUUCUACUUCUAUUUCUUCCUUCGUUUUCUUUUUUUUACUUCCUCCUUCUUCUUCCUCAUCCUCCUUUUUCUUUCUUUCUUUCUUUUUUCUUUCUUCGUCUUUCUCUUCUCUUUCUAACUUCUUCAUGUUCAUUCUCCUUUUUCUUCCUUCCUCUUCUUCUUCUUUUUCUUCUGCCUUCUUUUUCUUCUUCCUUCUUCGUUUUCUUCCUUCUACUUCAUCUUUUACUUCCUUCUUCUUCCUCAUCCUCCUUUUUCUUUCUUUCUUUCUUUCUUUCUUUCUUUCUUUCUUUCUUUCUUUCUUUGUCUUCCUCUUCUCCUUCUUCCUUCUUUUUCAUCGUCUUUCUUCUUCUUCUUCUUCUUCUUUUUCUUCUUCUUCUUCUUCUUCUUUUUCUUUUUCUUCUUUUCUUCUUUUUCAUCAUUGCCAUUUAUUUUUUCUUAUCUUCUCUUCAUUUUUAUUCUUCAUUUUCAGCGCUGCUUCUUUUUAUUUUUUUCAAUUCUUCUAUCUUUUAUUUUUAUUUCUCUUUCCUUAUCCCGAUCAAAAUUCACUCCUCCAUUCUCUCCUUCAUUUUCUCCUUCAUUUUCUCCUUCAUUCUCCUCUUCGUUCUCUCCUUCUUUUCUUUUUUUUAUUUACAUCUAUCUAUCUAUCUAUCUAUCUAUCUAUCUAUCUAUCUGAGUCUAUUCAUUAUAUAAAGUCUAUUCAUCAAAUCUAUUUUUUCAUCUAUCUAUCUAUCUCUCUCUCUCUCUCUCUGUAUCUAAAAAUCUUCAUCUAUUCUAUCAUCUAUCUAUCUAUCUAUCUAUCUUCUAUCUAUCUAUCUAUCCUAUCUAUCUAUCUUAUUCUAUUCAUCAUCUAUCUAUAUCUAUCUAUCUAUCUCAUCUAUUCAUCUAUCUAUUCAUCUAUCUAUCUAUCUAUCUAUCUAUCUAUCUAUCUAUCUAUCUGUUCAUAUCUAUUCAUAUCUAUCUAUCUAUCUAUAUCUAUCUAUCUAUCUAUCUAUCUGAUAUUAUUCAUAGCUAUAUAUCUAUUCACAUCUAUCUAUCUAUCUAUCUAUCUAUCUAUCUAUCUAUCUAUCUAUCUAUCUAUCUCAGUUUGCUCAUAUCUAUCUAUCUAUCUAUCUAUCUAUAAAUCUAUCUAUCUAUCUCAAAUAUUCAUAUUAUCUAUCUAUCUAUCUAUCUAUCUAUCUAUCUAUCUAUCUAUCUAUCUAUCUAUCACCACAUUAGCCUACUCCUGCCAGGUGAUAAGCAGGAAAUCUAUCUAUCUAUCUAUCUAUCUAUCUAUCUAUCUAUCUAUCUAUCUAUCUAUCUCUCUAUCUCUCUAUAUCUAA